CGUUGGCAAAGUGAAGUUCUAGUCGAUUUAAACAUGAAGUUCGUUUUGAUAUUAUCAGUUUUUGUUGUCUUUAUUAUAAGUGAUGUAAAGGUUUCCAAGGCCCAUGAAAUAUGUGUGGAGGUUUCUAAAGAACCAGAAACGGAAGAAGAAUCAUCCAAUGAUAAUGAUGGUGAUAGCUCGACUAAUGGUGAAGAAAAUGAUGGAAAAGAAGAUGACGAAAGUUCAUCUGAUGAUGAAGAGAAUUCAUCGCGUUGCAUUGAUGAAUGUUCGAGUCUAGGUGAAGAUGUUCAACUGGGAAUUUUAAGAUUAGGAACAAUUUUCAAUGAUUAUGAGGAAAAUGAAGAUUCUGAAAGAUUUUUAACAUUAGGACAUUCAACAGCUUUUUCUGAUUUACUGAACAAGUUAAAGUCAGGCGAAACGCCAGAUCCCAUUAUCUAUGAUUUUCGUUGGCUCCCACCGAUAUCUGAACCAACGGAUGAAUCUAAAUGGCCUAUUCGAAACGAAUUGGAUGGACUGGAUAUAUUAUUAUUCAAAGAUAAAAACAAGUUGGAUGAAGACUGUUACCCUUGCAUUGAAAGUGAACCAUUCAUAGAUUUACGUUAUCAGUUAAGAUUUGGUGAAAGAUACUAUCAGACUCGCCUAGAAAAAAAGAAAGAAGAAAGGAAAUAUGGUUUCCAUUUGGAAGGUACUAGUGAAGGUAGUGAGGGAUCGGAAUUUAAUCUUGAUUUUACAUGGAAAUUUUAA